AUGUCUACAUUACAACGUCGUAGAGUCAAUAAAAGUUCCUCUAAUGCAAACCCACAGGAUGUCCAGUCGAUAUCAUCCAAAAAUAAUGGUGACGAGAACAGUUAUCGUGAUGAUUUAGAAAAUGAGACUACAACCACCACUACCUCCACAAGAAAGGUGGUCUAUGAUCCUGAGGAGGCUAAGUUAAGAGAAAAUGUUAGUAUACCUAAAUUGACUCUUAUGGAGGAAGUCUUAUUAAUAGGGUUAAGAGAUAGAGAAGGUUAUCUAUCGUUUUGGAAUGAUAAUAUUUCUUAUGCGUUACGUGGUUGUAUAUUAAUUGAAUUAGCGUUAAGAAACAAGAUCAGAAUAAUCGAUGAUUCAGCAAGAAAGAGAUUUGAUAUCUCUGAAAGGUUGAUAGAAGUUAUUGAUCCUUCUAAGACCGGAGAAGUGUUACUUGACGAGACUUUACAAUUGAUGAAAAAUGAUGAACCAUUGACAAUUGCUAACUGGAUAGAUUUAUUAAGUGGGGAGACAUGGAAUUUAUUGAAGAUUAAUUACCAAUUGAAACAAGUAAGAGAAAGAUUAGCUAAAGGUUUAGUAGAUAAAGGUGUACUUAGAACCGAAAUGAAGAAUUUCUUUCUUUUUGAUAUGGCAACACAUCCAGUAACAGACACAGCAUGUAAAGAGGCUAUUAAAAGAAGAAUAUUGACAACUCUAGUGUCAAGGAAUAUGGAACUAAAUUUUAAUGAAUUUUUCCCAGAAACUACUUUAUUCAAAUAUGUUAGGAUUGUAGCUUUAAUAUGUGGUGCAUAUGGUGCUAACGUUUUAGAGAAUGUUUUAUCAUCAUUAGAUUACGAACAAAGAGAUAAUGCUAUAUCAAGAGCUGAAGAAUUAUUAGAACAAUUUUCACAGUACCCCUUUGAUUUGGAAAAAUCAAGUGAAACUGGUAUCUCACAAAAUUUGAACAAAGAAAUAAACGAGGAGAUAAUAAAUACUCCUGGGUAUUCACUACAACUAGAAGUCGUUGCUGGUGUAAUUGAAGUGUUUUCCAGAAUGGAUAUGUUACUAUAA